CAAGGCAUGGAGAGCAAGCCUGCUGCCAGGACCCUUGUGAACCAGACGGCCCCCAUCCCGGGCACCUCCCCGGGGAAGCAGGUUGGCGUGCAAUACCUCCCGCACCCUCCCGCCGGACCUCGGCGUGGCCGUGCCGGCGCCACUCCCAGGGGUGCAGCACAGGAUGCAGCCUGCCCUCCCACGCAGAGGUUUGGAAGAGCUGCCCACGUCUCCCUCUUGAAAGAGGAGCAGAGGCAGCACCAAGCAUCGUGGGAGGAACAGCAGGCCGCACUGGAGAAAGAGGCCCGGCGUCAGGCCCAGAUCACACUAGUGGAGCUGCAAUACGCCCUCGAGCAGCGUCGUCGCCCAGACACUGACAUGCCGGGGAGGCCCCCCCAACGGCAAGCGUCCGCGCAAGCAAAGCAGAAUGUGCAGCUUCUGACUUCCUACAAAGUUCUUCGGGACAGGUGGAAGGAAAGGGUGGAACGAAACCAACAGAGGCUGAUGGUGGAGGAGGAGCGGCGCCGCGCUUUGGUGAUGCGCCACCUCCAGAAGAGAGAGCAGCAGGACCGUGUGCCGGGCAGUUACCACCAAGAUGGCUUUUAUGCGUGGAAAUAAAGGGCCUUUCCGA